CCGGUUGAUAAAUAGUAUUUUUCCAAGUUUCGCAAUGGAGAUCUCUCCGUCAGAACUGGGCACAGUUUCGUCAAAUGUUGACGAUUCUACUCCAGAUCGCGAUACAGGGGCAGCAGCCGAUGAGUCAGACCGGAAGGACUUGGUGGAAUUUAUCAACGAGCUCAGUGCAAAGUACGACCAGAAAGGAGUUUUACGGCAGCAAAAUGCAGCUCCCGAUCGACCACCGGAGUCGUACUUUUGCAAGUGCGAUUCCAGUUUGAAAAAGAACACUGCAUUUGUGAAAAAGCUAAAGCAAUUUACCGCUUCUCAGUUGGAGGGGUUGCUCAAGGACAUGGCCGGAUUGAAUUUGACGAAAUACAUUUCGGAAGUCAGUGCAGCGAUUGUGGAGGCGAAACUAAAGAUGAGUGACGUCAGUCCGGCUUUGAUUCUGUGCAGUAAGCUGCAUCAGACCUAUUCGGAUUUCAGUACGAGUUUUCACGAGAAUUGGCAGAAGAUUUUGCAUGUUAAGGCUGGGGAAAAGAUUGGAAAUCCCAGCAAAAUGCGAGUCGAUUUGCGGUUCUAUGGGGAACUGAUAAGUGUGGGAAUUUUUGCCAACAAGGUUGGUCUGCCGUUGUUGGGACAAUGUUUGACCGCGUUGAUCUCACAGGAUAAGGAGGAACAUAGCAAUUUGUCUAUUAUACUGUCCUUUUGUCGUCACUGUGGGGAUGAAUACGCGGGAUUGAUUCCCAAGCGGAUCCAAGAGCUGUCGAAACGGUUCGCUGUCCCCGUACCUAGCUCGAAUCUUCUACCUGCGGAUAAGCAGAAUAAUUUGAGAAAUCUUCUGAAGGAUUACUAUCAAACGUUGUGUGAUCAUUUGAAAAACGAGCAUAAGCAGUUGCAAUAUGCGGAGAAAUCGCGUAGAAGAAUGCUUGAAUCGAAAGGGGAAGUGUCUAAUGAUAAAAAAGAACAGAUUGAAAUGCUUCAGAAUAGUUACGACAAAUUGCUUAGCUCCACGGAAACGAUGGCAGAUUUGCUGAACGAAAGUUUACCGGAAUUGACGGUAGAAGUCGAACCUAGCUUGACGGAAGGAACCGUGAUUGAUAGUGUAGUGGAUGAGCAGUUUGCUAAUUUAGACCCCUGGGGAGAUGAGGAUACGCGUAAUUUUUACGUGAAUUUACCGGAUCUACGGCAGUUUUUACCUAAUUAUUGUGGUAAAAAAGAGGAAGUGAUUCCUGAUGAGCCUGCCAUUACGGAGGAGGUACUAGAUAUGGAGGUGGAAGCCGAAGCUGAUGCAGAUGAUGGUCAAGAUGGACCACCUUCUGAGCUAUCGGAAGCAGCAGAAGUGGAAGAGGAACCAACAACGGCUCCCAGUACUCCGCACCACCAUGCGAAUCGGGAAUAUUUUGAAGCGUUUAUGGCGAAUAUGCAAAACUGUGUCAACACUGAGUUGAUCGAUUCGGCUGCAAUUGAUUUUUUGCUCAAUUUGAACACUAAAAACAACCGUAAACGGUUGGUGAAGGUCCUGUUUGGGGUUCAGAGAACGCGGCUAGAUUUGUUGCCGAUGUACGGGCGGUUUGUGGCGAUUCUGAACCUAGUUUCGCCGGAUGUGGCCGUUGAGCUGUGUCAGAUGUUGAAGGUGGACUUUAAGUAUCAGAUUAAGAAGAAGGAUCAGAUUAACAUCGAAACCAAGAUCAAGGUGGUGCGGUACAUCGGCGAGUUGGUAAAGUUUGGGAUCUAUAACAAGAUCGAGGCGCUCUUCUGCUUGAAAUGUUUGCUGCACAACUUCCAGCAUCAUCACAUCGAGAUGACCUGUGCGUUUCUGGAGGUUUGCGGGGUAUAUUUGUACAAUAGCAAGGAAAGUCGCCUUCGCACCAAUGUCUAUCUGGAACAGAUGAUGCGUCUCAAAACGAACACAACGAUGGACAGUCGUCACGCCCAGCAGGUGGACACGGCGUACUAUCUGGUCAAACAACCGGAAGGCAUGCGAAUCCAGCGCAAGGUGCGACCGCUUAUUCACACCUACAUACGUCAUUUGAUUUUCGAAGAGCUCAACAAGUCCAACGUGGACAAAAUGAUCAAGCUGCUGAGACGUUUGAAUUGGGAGGAUCACGACACUCAAACCUACGCGGUGAAGUGUCUUUCGAAGGCAUACUGCAUCCGGUACCAUUUGAUUCGCAGCUUGGCCGAUCUAGUGUCCGGGCUAAGCUCGUACCAGGAAAAAGUCGUUGUCAAAGUGAUUGACGCUGUGUUUGAGGAUAUUCGAGCCGGUCUGGAAAUCCACGAUACAAAGCUGGCCCAGCGACGAAUAGCGAUGGCAAAAUACCUGGGCGAACUGUACAACUAUCGGCUGGUUGAGUCGGGAAACGUUCUAAACACCCUUUAUUCUAUUAUCUCCUUGGGAGUGAGUUUUAACCACGAAGUUCCGUCGGAUGUGGAUCCUCCUGGAAGCUUGUUUCGUUUAAAAUUGGUGUGCGUUUUGCUGGACACCUGUGGACAGUACUUCACCAGUGCGUCCAGCCGAAAGCGGAUGGAUUAUUUCCUGAUAUUUUUUCAGCACUAUUAUUGGUUCAAAAAAUCCGACCCCGUAUUUACAAGUGACGCUAACAAAGAUCUCUUUCCCAUUCUGGUUGAUCACAUGUAUAAGGAAUGCUUCAAGAACCUUCGACCCAAACUGAAGCUAUUCACCAGCUUUGAAACGGCCAAAGAAGCUGUUGAAAGUCUGCGAAAGAAACUGUACCCGAACCUGUUCAAUGCAAAAGAAGACGACGAUCGAGGCAGUCUCAAACCGAUACAGGAAAAUGAAACGGACAAAGAGGAUACCGUAACGGAAGAUUGCACUUCGGAAGCGUUCGGAGAUUCGGAAGACGAAGAUGACGAGAAUCCACGCAUCCAGCGGAACGAAGAUGAAGAAGUAUUGGAAGACGAGCUGGACGAGCUGGAUGAUGAUGGGUUGAGUGCCGGACCGGAACAGGUGGAGAAGCCUUCGCCGCCGGAAAAGACCAUCGAGGAUUUAGAGUUCGAGAAAGAGUUCGAACGAAUGGCAACGGAAAGUUUCCUAGAGCGACUGAAGGAACCGGUGAAGCUAAACACAAAAGAUAUUCCCAUACCGAUGACUAUGAGAAGCAGCGGUGCGAAGAAAACUUACGAGCAGUUACAGGAAAACAAAGAGAAAGUGCAGGAUACGGUUCCGUUUGUGCUGAUGGUUCGCGGAAAGGGCAAACAGCAGCAGUACAAAUCGUUUGAGGCACCCUCCGACAGUCAGCUGGCUAUCUAUCUUAAGGAUCAAGAGCAAAAGAUAAAGGAGGAAAACGACAGUGUCAAACGGUUGACGCUGAACAUUACCGAACGGCUGGAGGAGGAAGACUACCAGGAAUCGUUGCUGCAGAGCCAACGUCCGCCGGCAAGCAAUAAGGUAAGAAUUCAAAAGCCACCCAAAUUUAAACACCCCAAGGGGGCGCCCGAUGUGGACGCUAUCUUCCAUUAAGCGUUGUUUAGUGUGAUAAAUUGUGUAUAACCUAACGGCAAAGUACUAGAAUAAAAUUCAGAAUUCCGAAUGU